AUGACUACAGUCACCAAGUAUUUUAAUUGCAAUAUUUUAAAGGACGGAAAAAUUCUUACUGAAGAUUUAUGGGUUGAAGAUGGACAAAUAGCUGAUCCUGAAAUUAUAUUUUAUGAUAAAAAAAAAAAUCCAGACAUUGAAAUUGAUUGUCUGGGAUCUUUGAUAACUCCUGGAUUCUUAGAUUUGCAAAUCAAUGGUCAGUAUAAAAUAAAAUAAUAGUUAACUUUAUAAUUUAGUGUGAUUUAUAUUUUACAAAAACAAAUUAACAACAUUUUGAACAUUUCUGUAACAAAUUUUUUCAUACGAGAUAUUUGUCCACAGAUAUUUAAAUAAUUAUUGUGGUUACAAAUAUAUACUAAUGAAGCUAGAUAUACUUUUUAUAAAGCUGGAUGUAAACAAAGGGGUAUUUUUUUCUUUUUUUAGUAAUUUAAUUUUUUCUGUAAAAUUCAAUGACUUAGGAAUUCUUUGGUGGGCCAAAAGUGACAAUGGUAGCUCUUGGCCCACUAUUACCUUUCAUAAUACGUCUAUGAUCAUAAAACUCAUGAUCAAGUGGUAAGGUUGUGAGAAAAUGUAUGGUAAGAUUAUUGGUGAGGAGAACUGGAAAUUGUCAUCAAAUAAAAUAAAACCAUAAUAAUUUACUACACAAAUAGUUAUAAAAUAUUAAAAUAAAUAUAGAACUUCAACCUUAUAUCGAAUAACUGAUAAUAUAUUUUGUCUUAAUAAUUGGUAUUAAUGAAUAUGAUUGAUAAUUAGAACUCUGGAAGUUAUAGCAUCUAUAAAGGCAAAAUAUGAUGGAAAAAAUGGUAAAAUACACAAGAUCAUUAAAAAACAUAUAAUGCCAUUAAAUUAAUAAUAGACUCAAGACAAUAAUUAAUAAUUACGUAAAAUAUUAUUCGAGUUUUAUAUUCAAUAUUACUUUAAAUUAAUUAGGAAAGAAAAAAAUCAAUUUUUUUUAGUAAAUAUUAAAUAUGCGAAAAUCAAUGAAAUGUUCAUUUUCUCUAAAAUGAAUGCAAUAUGCACAAUGUGGAUUUAAAAUUUUCGAUUUUUAAACUCUAUUGUAUAGAAAACUGUCUAGUUUGAGCUAUAAACCCAGUGUAUACAGAAAAAAAUGCAACUCCUAUAACUUCCGUACCCUACUGAUACCGGAUAAAUACAGAUAAUUCAAUAUUAAUUUUAUUAGCAUAAUUAUUGCAGUAAUCUACUACACGAUUUAUUUUUUUUUUAAAACAGAUGGUUUUUUAAAUUAUGAUACUAACAAAAAUUAGCGCUGAUCAUUAGUUUUGAAGUCAUUUGAAGUUGGUCGUUUUUUUGGACAUUAUUUGGGUUGCAUUAAAUAAAUUAAUAUUCAAUCUUGCAUUUCCUUAAACCUUGAUGGAUUGGUUGCUGUACGUCAUACCCUAGUUGUGUUGAUGCGUAUCUGCUGUCAUUAUAGAGCUCCAAUGUCAAUCCCGUAUUUCGAUUACUUUUUUUCUAAUAUUUAUUUAAGAUAGUAUACCCAAAAUACACUGUUACCUACUCGACGUGGUUUUGUCAACAAAUUGGAAUUUAUUUUUUUUUAAACAGUAAUGAACUUAUGUAUAGGGUACCAAUUAAAAAAUCUAAAAUAUUGGAAAAAGUAAUCAAGAUACGGGUUCAAACUAUAAAUAAUAAAGAAUGAAUAGGCCUUAAGUCCGGGAGAAGCGUUCCAGAACGCAACUGUCAUGUCAUGAUUGCCAUCAACUUAUAGAUGAUAAUGAAAAACUUAGUAACUGGUAUUAACAGUUAACACGACUGUAGUAUACAAAUGUUCGGUGUGGUGUGCCAAUUCAAAUCAAACGUUUCAGUUGUGGAAAUCAGCUGAUUGUUCUCAUUUAAAACAACACUACCAUCAUUGUGAUGGCAUAUUUAUACUGUUACUUUCAUUUUUAUUAUUAUAUUUAAAUCAUAAAUGUAAGGUAAAACCGUUUUUUUAUAGAAGAUAAAUGUAGUAUAAUAACAUGUGAAAAUCGUAAAUGUAAUUUAAUCUUUUAGUCUCGUCAUGUCUGCUGUCGAUGUAUAAUGAUAAGAAAAUAUAAGACAAUAACCUGGUUCCAAUAACAGUUCACACCAAAAAUCUGAUUCUAUUCCUACUCAUUUCACAUUUGUUAUAGAAAAAAAAAUCUGAAGUGCACACACCAAAUAUAUGGUUAUUCUAUUGAAUUCAUUGAACCAUAUUUUAACUAUAGGUCAAAUAAAAGUUUUAUUUUUUUUUUAUUUUAUAUUAUUCUAUUAUUUUUCAGUUACAUUGAAUAAUAUGUGAUACAUACUAAAUCUAUUGUAUUUAUAGAUAAUACUGAUGAUUCUAUUAUAUUAUGACAAGCAUAUUGACUUCUAUUCUAAGUGGAAUGGCCUAUCCAUUUAUAUUUUUCUCAUUAUCUAUUAUUAUUUGGAAUCCCAGAAAAAAAAAACAACAAUUUUUGAAUUUCAAAGAUUAUACAUAAUCUAAGCAUAGAUCAUCUGUACAAGGUAUAGGUAUGACCUUGUACAUUAGUUAUUAGAAAAAUGAUAGCCUCGAGUACAAUAAUUUUGAAAUGUUGCCAUUACCAACACAAUAUUUUUUUCUUUAUGGUGUAAAAUAAUUUAACAUUUUAAAUACGUGUUGCAUUAAUUUCAUUAUUUAUAUUUUAUACAAUAUGCUAUUAUUUUAAGUUAUACAUAUAUAGUAAAACCUUAUAAAAUUAAAACUUUGUUUAAUCUGUACUAUCAAUACAUAAAUGCAUUACAUUUAAAUAAAUUAUAAUUAAUUUCCCUUUUGAAGCUAAGUUUGUUGUGGUGUAAAUUAGUUAUCAUGAAUUUCAAAUGAUUUAAAUAACAUCAAUCUAUCUACUAAAUCUUUAAAUAAAUUAUAAAAUACCUAUAUCAUUUUUCCGACAUAUGGGUAUUAAUACAUUUUGUCUUACAUUAUAGUUACAUAAUUAUUGUAAAUUUAUUUUUUACUAUUAUUUUAACAAAUAUUCUAACUAGUUGUAUCUAUAGUAAUUUUUUGUUUCUUUGUAAAAGGUUUUUCUUAGGAAAAUAUUCAAGUAUUAUAUAUUUUAAUUAUAUUUAAUGUCAAACACAGUUAUGUGUUAUGUAUUUCGAAAAAAAUUAAUUCAACCUACACAAUUAGUAAAACAAGUUACUCUAAGAGCUUAAUAUCACUUAAUAGUAUAAUCCGUACAUAAAUACAAUAUACUCAUAACAUUUUAAAUAUAUGAGAUAUUUUAUUGUGUUAUGUUGGUGUACACGUAGGCAGUUAGUGAUACAAAUGUCUUAUCAUUUUCGAACAACUACCCAGCUGUACCCAUUACGAACGUGUAUUAAUAUCAUAAACUUAUAAGCAAAUAUUAUCAUAGAUAAUAUAAGAAUUUAUAUUAUCAAAUUAUGGUUUCCCCAGUAUUUUUGAUUAUUUUUACUAAUAAUAAUUAUCAAAAUUAUUUUGUGUUUCAAAUAAAAUUGUAUAAAUACAUUCCAAUACAAUAUUUUUUUUAAUUUAUUAAUUUAUAUUUUAUAUCUUCAGUUAGGUAUAAUUAAUUUAUUUUAUUUAAAAUAUUUAUGUCAUAUCAUUAACUUAUUUAAGUAUCUUUAUUAUUAUUAUUAUUUUUUUAUGUAUAUUGAUAUUAAAAAUUAUUUUAUUAUAAAUACUAAUGAUUUAUAUUAAAUAUUUAUAUAAAAUACUAUUAUUUUGUAAUGUUUAACAAUUAUAAUAAUAUUUUGCUGUUUUAUUUAUGUAUUAGAGUUACAUUCUAUUUUUAAAUAAAAUAAUUUUGUUUUUAUAAUAUACUUUCACCUAGUCAUAAUGAUUACAAUGAACCAACCCCCAUUUAGAUGAAAUUGGAAAAAAGUAAUCCAAACUUUUUUUGAUGAACUUACAACAACCUAAACACACAAUUUUUUCAUUAAAACUUUUUUGUAAUUUCAUAAUUUGGGACUGAAAGGGCUAAACAAAACUAAACUUCAAGCAUAAACAUAUUAAUAUGUCUAUGGUAUCAACCACCAAUGAUUUUUUAAAAAUCUAUACUUCAGAAUGGCUAUUUUGAAUUUUUUAUUUUAUGUCCCCUUAAUAAAAAUGUAUUUGUUCAUAAUUGUAGUGUAGGAACAUGGUAAUUAUUUUAAAAAAAAUAUUGAAUAAAAUAAAUGUUAUUUUAAGUCCCAGUUCUUUGUGUAACACUGCAUAAUUAGUAUAUUUCAUCAUAUUCGUACCUUUGAAGUACAUGAAUUUAUGAAAUGACACAAUACCUCAAGAAGUCAUGAAGUUAGGAGUAAAAAUUAAAUUUCUCAUAUUUAUAUGUAGUUUAAACUAUGUUAUUCAUAGGUUGUUAAAUCUGGAUCCUACCUCAUUGGCAAAUACGUAGCGAAUGUUAAAGGAUUUAAUCUUCCCCUCAAAAUGUCUUCCUUAUAGAAAUUAUUUAACUAAGUUUUACAAAGUAACUAUAUAUAUAUGUCAUACCUAUUAUUACAAGCAUAAUCCCUCCCAUAGAAAUAAAUUCUGUAUGCGCUACUUACUGACCAACCAAUUUUUGAACAUAUUUUUUUAUGUAUAAUAUAUUUUUAUUGAUAGGUGCUUUUGGGAUUGAUUUUACACACCAUAGUGGCGAAGGACUUGAAAUAGUUAAAAAAGAAUUGUUACAAUAUGGCGUUACUGGGUUUUGUCCUACAAUAGUCUCUACUACUGCUUCUAACUAUCAUAAAGUAGGUAUAUUGCAAUAUAGGUAUAUAUGUUAUAUUUUUUAAUCAAAAACUAACUAGAUACAUACUCUAGUAUUAAAAUAGAUGGUUAUAUGUACUCUUUAUAUAAAAAAUUGUAAAUUUUCUAUGUACUUAAUCCUCAUUUUAGUUUUAUUUUCAAUUAUGCAAUUACUUUGUGAUGAUUUUUAAUUUGAAAUUGAUCUUACACGCAACCAACCUAUUAUAAUACUUCAAGCUUAGUUUUUUUUCUUUAUAUUUUUUUAAUUAAUAUGCAUAUAUUAGAAAAAAAAUGGUAUGUAUGUAUCUAUAUUAGUAUUGUUGAUAUCUAUAGAGGCGUAGCAUUUUCUUGAUAUGAAAACAUAAUUUUGUGGAAAUAUAGACUUAACAACUCAUACCCUACCCGUGCCGAAAUAGGACAUAAAGGUGUUGUUUUUCAGUUUAUAUUUUAUUUAUUUAUUAAUAAACAAGAUACAACAAAAUAGUUUCUAUUUCAUUAUAAUAUUCAAUCUUUAAUCACCUUUCCAAAACUUAAAUGUGUUUUAAAAAACGGAAAAAUAACACCCUUGUGCCAUAAUAUUCAAUCCUAUUUCGGCAUGGAAAGUGGAUGAGUUACUGAGUCCAUAUUUCACAAAAUUUCUUUUUCUAUAUGAAUUAAAAAUAUGGGUAGGUACUCAUAUUGAAUUUUGUAAGUUUUUAUAGACCACUAAUAUAUAUAUUUACAUUUAUUAUAUUGUUAUAUUUUUUUACUUUUAUACCAAUUUUUGAUUUUGUUAGUUAAUAGUUUCACUGUUCUAAUUAGUUUUUUAAAUCAUUUUACAAAAUAUUGAAUUUCUUAAUAUUUUUUAUUUAGAUUCUACCUAAAUUCAAACGUUGUCAUGGCAGUGAACACGGAGCUGCAAUUUUAGGGGCACAUGUUGAAGGUCCUUUUAUAAGUAGUCAAAAACCUGGUGCACACAAUACAUCAAAUUUAAAAACUUUAAGGAAUUUUAAUCUUACAGACACUUAUGGUAGUUUAGAAAAUAUAGGAAUAGUAACUUUAGCCCCAGAGCUUGAAGGUUCGACAGAUAUUAUCAAGUUAUUAUCUGACAAUGGAAUAGUUGUGUCCUUGGGACACACAUCAUCAGAUAUGGAAACUAGCAUACAAGCAAUAAAAAGUGGAGCUACUUUUAUUACACAUUUGUUUAAUGCAAUGCUUCCAGUAUGUAUAUUUAUAUAAUUAUAAAAAAACAUAAUUUGAACAAAUUAUUUACAGUUUCAUCACAGAGAACCUGGGCUGAUUGGAUUAAUUACAUACUUACCUUAUGAUGAAAAACCAAUAUAUUUUGGUAUUAUAGCUGAUGGUGGUCAUACUCAUCCGACUGCUUUGCAAAUUGCACAUAAAGUUAAUCCAAAAGGACUAGUAUUAGUAACAGAUGCUCUAUCUGCCUUAGGAUUACCAGAUGGAAUUCAUUAUUUAGGCGAUAAACCGAUAGAAGUUAAAAAUUCAAAAGCAUACAUUGCCAACACAAAUACAUUAUGUGGAAGUGUGACCUCAUUAGAUGAAUGUAUGCGAUAUUUUAUUAAAUCAACAAGUAAGUUUAAAAAUUAUUAUUUAUAGUUUAAUGUAAAGUAAAAAUAAAUUACCUUUAAAGAUUGUAGCGUUGCUGAAGCAAUUGAAACAAUAACUUUACAUCCAGCACAAGUUUUAGGAAUACAAAAUUCUAAAGGUACACUUAACUAUGGAGCUGAUGCUGAUUUUGUGUUUUUGGGAAGUAAGUUGAACGUCCAAUCUACAUGGAUUAAUGGACAGUGUGUAUUUCAACAUAAUAGUGAACCUGGUUAUGUUGUGAAAACUUAA